AAGUAAGUUGACACAUUGAUAAAACUAUGAAUUGUAAUUGAUCAGAGUGCUGGCCGGUCUGUUUCCAACAUGCGAGAUACAGCGGAACAAGCGAGAGCGACAGGAACGAUAGGGAAUCGUGCAAUCGUGCUCUAGUGCCUCAUUUGGUCUUUGUUACAUCUCAGCAGUCUACCAGUAUUCAGCUCUGCCAUGGUCCACCCACAUACCCCCGAGCGGCGCCAUCGCGAUUCGUCAGUCUCGUCCUGGCCAAACAGGGAGCACCCAAUGCCCUCCCCGGGUGCGUCUCCCUCUUCAACUGCUUCUCCUCUUGUGUCUCCGGGUGUGUCUCCGGCCGGCGCAGUCCGCCGCUCGCCGCGCAAGGGCUCCCGGCCGGUGCGAACCCCUCAGUUUGUCGUCGAGGACGACCCCGUGAUUCUAGCCCGCCGUCAGAAGCAGAUCGAGUACGGAAAGAACACGCUGGCCUACCAGCAGUACACGGCAGCCGUACCGCGCGCGCAGCGGCUGGGCUACCAUCCGCGCACACCGGUCAAACGCCGCGUACAGAGCCGCCGCCGCUGGGAUAACGCGGUCCGGUGCUGGCGCGUCCACCUGCACUACUGGAACGACCCGGCCAAGCUGGCCGAGCUGCGCGGACAGGAGUCGGCGUCGGACACAUCCUCUGUGGUGUCCGACCCGGCCGAGACGGGGUCGGCGCCGGAGGCAGCAGGGGAGCACGGAGCAGAGGCUGCCGCGGAGACCGGGGCGGCGGCCGAAGGCAGUGAGGCUGAGCAGAUGGGACAAGGUGACCCGGACGCCGCAGCGGCAGAGAAGGAAGAUGGCGAGGAGGCCUUCGACUGGGCUGCAGAAGUCGAGGAAGUGGCGAUGGAGCUCGCGGGCUGAAAACGCUUCGGACAGAGGUGGUGUGAGCAUGAGGGAGUGACACUGGAGUCGUAGUGGUCAAAUGGCGGACCACUUCCCACGUGUAUCGAGACAAAUAUCCCGCCUCAGAGAGUCUUCUGACGCAGGGAACAUUUUUCGUGCUGGACAUGCGAGAUACCUUUUAGUGAUUGUGGACUGACAGACCGAGCAUGAAAUAAGUGGCGAUCUCACCAGCGACGGCAUAGUGCUAAAACCGGCGCACGUGGACGAAACUAGCCUAGGUGAUGUGUUACGGUGUAACAACUGCUACCAACUGCUUCUUACAUAGCCAACGUUGCAUGGUGACCAAUGUGAAAAUAUCCAGCAUAGCUGAGCUAUGAGCAUCUAUUGCUGCUUCGCAUGGCGAACCUUCGUAAAGCGGGGCACGCAUCUGGAGAAUGAGUGUAUUUUCGAACCCAAGGACGGAAAAUACGGACUGUUAUGGUACAAAUGUGUGCGCUACCUAUUAUUUGUCAUUUUGAAAGCGAUUUAAGAAAUUGUGCUUUGAUGACCAUUAGUGUUUUGGUGCUUGUUCUUUUUCCGGCUCCCCUGGUCGUGUCAUGUGAAAGGUGCUCCUUCUGUUUUACUAGUGUCCGAUUUUAUUUCGUGUUUUAGUAUGAUGCAUUUCUGGUUCGAGUGGUUUGUUCGCAGUUUGCUCCAUUUUGUUCGUUGGUUGAUGAAAUUCGUAGAACCUUUGUGAACUUUGCCCUUUAUGUGCUAAGGAAAUAAACUCUACCGUAUCUA